AUACAUCUUGUUGACAGUAAAAACCGUCCCGUCGUUAAUAAAACAGUUUUCAUUCAACAGGCUAUUGAAGAACAUCUCCGCCUCAGGACGACUUCCACUAUGGCGCUACGUUUGGACGAACUAAAACCACCAUGUGUCGAUUUUGGCAACGGAGUCGUGAUAUCGUUCGAUCAGGAAGAGUACACCGACGAAUCGGCCAAACAAACGGCCGCCAAAGAGCUGCGCGAAACGCCGGAGGUUGUGUCCGCGGCCAUUCAGGAGCUUCGCGAGCUGAUUCGGCAGGAAAAAGGGCUGCACUUGCCGUUGGAAAAUGAAUCCCUCUUGGUUCGGUUUUUGCGACCGAAAAAGUAUUACUCCGACAGUGCCUUUGAGAUGAUGAAAGCAUUCUAUAAAAUGAAAUCUAGGGAAAACUUUAUCCUAGACCGCUUGUCAACAGAAUCGAUCCGGAAUGCACUCGAGGAUCGAGUCGUGCAGAUUCUUCCAAAACACGAUCAGCAUGGUCGUCGCAUUGUCUUCAUGGAGAUGGGAGCCAAAUGGAACUGCUCGAAAGUACCCUCGUUGGAAGUGAUUCGUGCAACCAACAUGCUGAUGGAAGCGAUCGGACGGGAACCCCGAACGCAACUGCAUGGAAUUGUUUUCAUCAUUAACUUCGACAAACUGUCGCUCUCGCACAUCGGCCAGUUUCCUCCAAAGUUCGUCAAGACGAUCGUUGACCACGGUCAGAAGAACUCUCCCUAUCGCAUCAAAGGUAUUCACAUCGUGAACAACGCUCGGAUGUUCAAUAUCAUGUUUAAAAUAUUCAAACCCUUCCUCGGCAAGAAGUGGAGCCAACGGAUAUUUCUUCACGGCGUCGAUUUGAAGUCGCUUCACGAACACAUCGACGCAAGCUGUCUGCCCUCGUUUCUUGGCGGAACCUACGAGCUUCCAGAAUACGAAGGAGCGGUCGUCGGGCAGUUGUUGGAUUGCUAUAAGGACAAAUUGGAUGAAGAAGAUAAGUACGGAUAUGUUCAGGACUCUUAAAGAGAAGAUAGUGAAGAGCAAAGCCAUGACGUUUGAUAAAAUCAUUCAUUUAUUGAUACACACUCUUAUCUUAAGUUUAGACAUUUUAAAAGAAGAUCUUAAAUAAAGGAUACCAUACCAUUUGAUAUAAAUAAAAGCUCAUAAAAGUUUUCGCAAUUUUACACCCAUUAUUAUCUUUAUCUUAUCAUUUGUUUUUGUUUCUAGGUUAUGUUUAAUAUUGCGUCUGAUGCCCUGGAAUUGAUUACUUAAUGAACCUAAAAGUAAACUUUUGAUUAACAAGUAGUCAGGAAUUUGUUUAGCUCCGUGAAUGUUUGCAUCAACCUCAACAAC